AUGAUGUUUUCUAGCUUCAGUAUAUUUAGAAUUGGAUUCUCUUUGGUCAUAAUGUGCAUUUUUAACAAGUCAUCAGUAGUCCCUCUACCAGAACUGAGUCCUCAGAAAUAUUUCAGUACAUUGCAACCAGGAAAAGCCUCUUUAGCUUAUUUUUGUCAGGCUGGCCACCUUCUGUCACCAGAUCUGUUCACAAAAGUUCAAGAUGGUCGUGUCCCAUCUAGCUGGCCAUUCACUGGUCAGUCUCCCUGCCUCACUGUCCCUGCUCAGGUUCUCUUCGCAUUAAAGGUUAAUUGUAUCCAAGAAGAAACAUCAAGAUACUGUGGGAAAGGAAAUGAUUUGAUGAAAGCAUAUUUAUUCAGGGGCAACAUCUUACUCAGGGAAUUCCCUACUGAUACCUUAUUUGAUGUGAAUGCCAUCGUUGCUCAUGUUCUUUUUGCUCUCCUUUUUAAUGAAGUAAAAUAUAUUACCACUGUGGAAGACCUUCAGAAUGUAGAAAAUGCUCUGAAAGGAAAAACCAAUAUUGUAUUUGCCUAUGUAAGAGCCAUUGGAACACCAGAGCACAGAGCAGUCAUGGAAGCUGCAUUUGUGUAUGGAACGACAUACCAAUUUAUCUUAACCACAGAAAUUUCACUUCUGGAAAGUAUUGGUACUGCAAACAUAGAAUAUGCACACCUCUACUUUUUCCAUUGCAAACCAGUCUUGGACUAUAUCCAGCAAUGUAGAAGAACACUAAUGGAACAGCCAUUGACUACCCUGAGCAUUCAUCGAUUUAUUAAGAUAAUGCAAGCACCUCUCUUGACUGAAGUUGCUGAAGAUCCUCAGCAAGUUACAACUGUUCAUCUCCAACUAGGAUUACCACUGAUUUUUAUUAUUAGUCAACAAGCCACAUAUGAAGCAGAUAGAAGAACUGCAGAAUGGGUUGCUUGGCGUCUUCUGGGAAAAGCUGGAGUUCUACUCUUGUUAAGGGACUCUUUGGAAGUGAACAUUCCUCAGCACACUAAUGUGAUCUUCAAAAGAGCAGAAGAGGGAACGCCAGUGGAUUAUUUAAUAUUGCAUGAUAUUGAUUUAAUAAUAUCCCGUGUGGAAAACAAUGUGCACACUGAGGAAAUCCAAGAUGACGAUGAUGACAUGGAGAGUCCAGAUAUGGAUACUCAAGAUGAUGAAGUGGCUGAAACGGUUUAUAGAGACAGGAAGAGACAAUUGCCUUUGGAACUCACAGUGGAACUAACAGAAGAGACAUUUAACACAACAGUAAUGACUUCUGACAUCGUAGUUCUCUUCUAUGCUGGUUGGGAAGCAGUAUCCAUGGCAUUCCUGCAAUCAUAUAUUGAUGUGGCAAUAAAAUUGAAAGGCACAUCCAGUGUGCUGCUUUCUAGAGUAAACUGUGGAGAUUGGUCUGACAUAUGUACUAAGCAAAAUGUUACUGAAUUUCCUUUUAUAAAGAUGUACAAGGAAGAUGAGAACCCAGUAUCUUAUGCUGGUAUGCUAGGAACCGAAGAGCUCCUAAAAUUUAUUCAGCUCAACAGGAUUUCAUGUCCAGUGAACCUAACAACUGUCCAAGAAGCAGAAGAAUAUUUAAACGGGAAGCUUUAUGAAGACCUGAUCUCCUAUUCUAGUGUGUCAGUGCUGGGAAUAUUUAGCCCAACCAUGACAGCAGUAAUAGAAGAUUUCACUGAAGCAGGAAAGUACCUAAAAGGAUAUGUCAUCACUGGAAUUUAUUCUGAAAAAGAUGUUUUGAUAUUGUCACAUAAAUAUUCCACAACUGUCCCAGCCCUGCUGCUUGCUCAACACAAAGAAGGAAACGUAGUGAGCAUUCCACUAGCUAACACCCAUGCACAAGGCAUAGUUCAAAUAAUAACAGAUGCAUUACUGGAAACAUUUCCAGAAAUCACUGUGAAAAAUCUGCCCACUUACUUACAAGUUCAGAAACCAUUACUGAUUGUAUUCAGUGAUGGUAACAUAAAUCCUAAGUAUGAAGAAGUAAUAUUGACACUGAUAAAACAGAAACAUUUGGAUUCACUUACCCCUUGCUGGCUAAAUCUAAAGAAUACUCCUGUGGGGAGAGGAAUCCUUCAAGUAUAUUUUGAUCCUCUGCCUCCCCUUCCACUUCUUGUUUUGGUGAAUCUGCGCUCAGGUGGCGAAGUGUUUGCAUUUCCUUCAGACCAGUCUGUAACUGAACAAAACCUUUUAAUGUGGCUUAAGAACUUAGAAGCAGGACUAGAAAGUCAUAUCAGAGUUUUACCUGCUGAGGAAUGGAAACCACCUCUUCCUGCUUAUGAUUUUCUAAGUAUGAUAGAUGCAGAAGCAUCUCAACACCACACCAGGGAAGAUCCUGAAUGUAUGAAAGAAACUGAUGUGCAGGUCAAUAAGGAACAGCAUGAAGAUAAAUCAGCAGUCAGAAUAAAACAGUGGAGUAGCCACACUUGGUUUAAAGAAGCAGAAAAAAUGUUUGGACAUGAUAAAGAGUUAUAAUGCUCAAAUGCUCAAAGCGCGGACUGUGCCUGCCGGAGCCACAUCUGCCCUGCCCAAUUGACCCGUGUGUUCCCAGGGCCCACCGGGCCCUCGCGCACACAGGCAAGCAGCUACCAGCCUGCCCGAGCCGCGUACCGCGGGCCUGCCAGAUGCGCAAAACUGCCAGGAUGGGAUUCUAAGGAUACAUCAGACCUAGAUGGUCUUGACCAGUCUGAACAGAUUAGAGAUUACUAA